AAAUUCUCAGUGAAGUCCAAGAGUAUAUAAGGAAACCCUGGGUAGGAAUUCUUCAGAAGGUGAAGUAACUAAAGUCUCCACAAAAUGAAAUACUCGGUGUGUCUUCUGGUGGCUUUGGCUGGAGUGGCAUUGGCCUAUCCGACAAAGGAAAGGCGCCCCCCUCCUGCAAAGAACGGCGAUGAUCUAAUUAAGAGACUAGAAGAAGUUCUAGAUGAUAUAGAAUUUGACAAAGAAUAUGACGGUUUCGAAAAACGCCCACCGCCCUCUGGUGGAGAAGAUGGCUCCAGAGAAGGAAGACGCAGACCUAGACCAGAAAAAGACCAACAGGAGGCACCAGCUAAAAGGGAAGAUACCGAACAAGCUGGAAGACGCAGACCAAAAGGCCCACCUCCGUCUGACGGAGAAGAUGGCUCAGGAGAAAGAAGACGCCCACCUCCAUCUGAUGGAGAAGAUGGCUCUGGAGAAGGAAGACGCGGGCCUCGACCAGAAGGAGACCAACAGGAGGCACCAGCUAAAAGGGAAGAUACUGAACAAGCUGGAAGACGCAGACCAAAAGGCCCACCUCCAUCUGAUGGAGAAGAUGUCUCAGGAGAAAGAAGACGCCCAUCGCUUUCUGAUGGAGAAGAUGGCUCUGGAGAAGGAAGACGCGGGCCUCGACCAGAAGGAGAUCAACAGGAGGCACCAGCUAAAAGGGAAGAUACUGAACAAACUGGAAGACGCAGACCAAAAGGCCCACCUCCAUCUGAUGGAGAAGUUGGCUCUGGAGAAGGAAGACGCGGGCCUCGACCAGAAGGAGACCAACAGGAGGCACCAGCUAAAAGGGAAGAUACUGAACAAGCUGGAAGACGCAGACCAAAAGGUCCACCUCCAUCUGACGGAGAAGAUGGCUCAGGAGAAAGAAGACGCCCAUCGCUUUCUGAUGGAGAAGAUGGCUCUGGAGAAGGAAGACGCGGGCCUCGACCAGAAGGAGACCAACAGGAGGCACCAGCUAAAAGGGAAGAUACUGAACAAACUGGAAGACGCAGACCAAAAAGCCCACCUCCAUCUGAUGGAGAAGAUGGCUCUGGAGAAGGAAGACGCGGGCCUCGACCAGAAGGAGACCAACAGGAGGCACCAGCUAAAAGGGAAGAUACUGAACAAGCUGGAAGACGCAGACCAAAAGGUCCACGUCCAUCUGACGGAGAAGAUGGCUCAGGAGAAAGAAGACGCCCACCGCCUUCUGAUGGAGAAGAUGGCUCUGGAGAAGGAAGACGCGGGCCUCGACCAGAAGGAGACCAACAGGAGGCACCAGCUAAAAGGGAAGAUACCGAACAAGCUGGCGGACAGAGACAGAAACCACCAAAAGAUUCGGGACGUCAGAAACCAGCAGGAGAUGGCGAUCGUCAAGGAAACCUGGAUCGACUUGAGCGACUUCUGGAAAAUUUGUUUUAAAUGACGAUAUUUAUAUUCCAUGCAAUAUCUACAGACACUUUGUUAAAGCUUUUGGAAUUUCUGAAUUUCUUGUUUAUUGAAUAAAUUCUUUCUGCAGAGCAAAACGACAUUUUAUUUUAUUGAACCUCCGCUGUGUAUUUUAAGGCAAUCACAGUUUCACUUCAUUGUAUUUUUAUGUCAAUAUGCAUGUAUUAUGAAAACCAUAGCAAUAAUAUACCACUUUUAUUCUUCAGGCCUU